CGUUUUCUUGGGUGUAGAUUCAAUUCAGGAGAAACGAAAAUGAUCAAUACUAAGUUUCAGUUUCGAUUCUGACUCAGGUGUUGAGCUUACCUGGGCAUAUAAGCAAAGGGAAACCCAAUUCGCUAUGACAGUGGACACAUCGAAUAAGCCAGAAUGUUUUCAUGGGGAGAAAUUCAUUUAGCAAAGCCGAAUGAUUUGGCGGAAAACCGAGAGUCAGAGAAUGGCAUUCAGUUCGUACCAACGACCAAACCAAUAAUAAGUUUCUCUGCGAAUAAUUCAACGGUAACGUUUACCAAAAGUGAUGGAAGGGCAUAUUUCCUUCGUCGGCAAAGGAACCACGAUGGAAAUGGGAGAUUCGGGAAAACCAAGAGCAUCAAGUGCAGACACGUCGUAGCUUCCAGUUCAGGAGACUCUGGUCUUCUCCUGCUGUCCAGGGAUGGCUCUGUCGUCUUUGUGGACCUCAGUGCACCCGCCAUUCCAAGAUCACUCCAAAUCUGCAUUAAGAAAAGGAUCAUUCAGGUCGCAUGUGGAGACCAACAUUCCAUAGUUUUAACUGAAGAUGGACAAGCAUUGUCUUGGGGCAGCAACACUCGGGGGCAACUGGGUCUCACCCUCCCAGAGACCUCUGUCAUCCCGUCCCCUACACCAGUGGCAGCCCUGUCAGGGGUACCCCUAGUCCAGGUCACCGCUGGGGGAGCCCACACUCUGGCCUUGUCCGUCUCUGGAACCGUAUUCGGCUGGGGGCAGAAUGACGCCGGGCAACUGGGUCUUGGAGACACGACAGACAGAUCUACUCCAGUGACAGUUGAGUGUCUCAACCUUAAGAAGACCGUUUCCAUUUCUUGUGGUGAAAGACACAAUGCUGUUCUGACAAAGGGAGGUGUGGUGUUGACCUUCGGCAGCGGUGGCUGUGGGCAGCUGGGACACAACUCUCUGCUGAAUGAGCUGACCCCUCGUGUGGUGGCUGAACUCUGGGGCGCAGCGGUCACCCAGGUCUCCUGUGGCAGCAACCACACCAUGGCAUUAGUAGGCCCAACUAAGAAGAUCUAUUCAUUUGGUCGUGGAGAAGAAGGCCAGCUUGGAAACAGGCUCACCACAGACUGUUCGGUGCCUCUGCCUGUUCUGCUGCCUCAUGAUGACCAGAAGAAUGUUGAGCGAAUAUUGGCUGGAGGAAACCAAUCUUUUGCCCUUUGUUCUCUCAGUCAGGAGCCUGAGAAGGAUCUUCCUGGGAUUAUUACAGCUCUGGAUAUGGACACCAUCGACUUCUGGCUCUCGAACUGUCGGGAUGCGAAAUCAUGGCGUAAAAUUAGAAAACAGAUCAAGGAUAUAUUCUCAUCCACAUCUUCCUUGAACGCCAGCUUUCUUGACAGAAGCGCUGACAAGCACUACCAGACCUCACCCAGGUGCUCUGGCUUGGACUUGGUUCUUGUCAAAACUGCUUUUGCCAAGCUAGCAACAAACACUGAAGUGCUACAGGAGGUGGAGACCGUCGUCCGAGACUGUCUCCUGCCCUCGUUGAGUGGGCAGCCGGUCAGGUUUGAAGGCCUGAGGGUUUACUACCUGCUGGUGGAGCUGCUGCAGGUGCUGCUCAGAGACAACUUUGGUCAAAUGCUCUCCGUGAGGGUGGCUGAUGCCUUCCUCUCUCUGCACCAAGACAGACUGGAAGUCCUUGUUGGACUAUGGUCCUGGACACCUAGCUUCUUCCGAACCGCAGUCGAGACCUUCUGCAACGUGUCCAGGAAGCACCUCUCAUCCUUAGAUUGGGAGAACCACUCGAGAACCGUCUUCUUAAUGAAGACGGCGGACGUUUUGCAAAGGCUUCAUUAUGCCAGCAGUAGCGGUUCACGGUGCCUCGAAGAUAGUGUUUUCCAUGUGACGACAGUCCUAGAUAAGUUUUUCUUGAUUUAUAGGGUAAUAAUUCAAAGAUUCCAUACCGGUCUGGGGUCGGAGGAAGAAAAGCGAUGGUCACUUAAAACCAUACAACAUCUUUACAGUAGCCUAGGCCGUCUGGUGAAGUACCCUUGCAUUCUACCCAUAGAAUGCAAGAUGAAUCUGUGGAUCCUUCGUCUGGAUGGUUUCAAGUAUUUGCAGGCAGGAGUCUUUCAAUUCAAUGUCAACCGGGGCACAGUGCAGCAGGACACUUUUCAACUUCUGCGGACGUCAUCCCAUGACCCAAAAUCAAAGCUUCAGGUGAAGUUUAAUGGGGAAGAUGGUGUUGAUGAUGGAGGUGUGUCAAUGGAGUUCUUUCACCUCCUUGCUAAAGAACUUCAGAAGGCAGAACCACAGAUACUAGAAGUGAACGUGCACGGAGUGGCCUGGUUCCGCAAGAAUGUCGCCCAGCUGACUGAUGAGUUCUUCCUACUGGGCACGCUCUGUGGCAUGGCUCUGUAUAACAAGUGCCUGAUGAACAUCCCCUUCCCCUUGGCUCUCUUCAAGAAGCUCCUGGGCUUGAAGCCAACCCUGGACGACCUCAUGGAGCUGUCGCCAACUGUUGCACAAAGCUUAAAGGAACUGUUGGACUAUGAAGAGGAGGCUGUUGAGGACCUACAGUUAGAUUUCGGAGGGGAUGCAGCAGGUUUGGAUCUUCUACCCAAUGGACAGUCCAUUCUAGUGACCAAAGUCAACAGGCAGAAAUAUGUGGACCUCCAAGUGGACAUGGUGUUCAGCCGCUCGGUGAAGCAUCAGUUCAGGAAGUUUGAAAAAGGCUUCUCUAAAGGCUGCCCUUCACCUGCAUGGAGAAUGUUCCUCCCUGAUCAACUCAUGACGCUCCUCAAAGGAGAGGAGAUCUUCAACUGGGAUGAUCUGAGACAGAAUGCAAAAUAUGGAGGCUGCACAUCCAAUGAUGAAGUCAUCAAAAACUUUUGGAUUGUCUUGGCAGAGUUCUCCGUGGAGCAGAAGAAGGACUUCCUCAAAUUCCUAUCUGGAACGGACAGAAUUCCCAAAGUUCGCAGUUCAACAAUCAAGAUAAUCAUCAAGUUGUCGUGUUACCCAGAGCCUGAGCUGUACUAUCCAAUGGCCGCGACAUGCUACUGGACUUUGAUUCUCCCCAACUACAGGAACAUCCAAACACUUCGUCAGAAACUCCUUCAUGCGGUCAAGCAUUGUGAUACUUUUGGAUUACAAUGAAAUAGUUUAACCUAAUCGAGACUGCUACGUAUGGUGGCAUAUCACUGGACAAAUUUGCUGCCACUUUUCUUGAUUAUAAUUCGAAUCAUAUAAAUUUUACUUGUGGUCGGUGGACCACACAAUUCUGAAAUUGUGUCAAAGUAGAAAGCUGGCUUGUGUUAAUUGCACUAGAGACAGUGUUUCCCCUAGGAUUGAGCUACAGCAGCGGCGUUUAAAUGGAUUUUUUUCGCUUGCAAAUCUUUUUGUGUGCUCGCAAAGCGCUCCCUGCCGGGAGGUUUCGAUGCGUCUUCCGGCACCAAAAGGGUGUACAUACAGUACAUUUGUGCACAGUAAUGAGCAGGGAAAAAUAUGGAGAGAUUAAACAUAAUCCAAGUAUAAUCUUUAAAACAACUAUUUACAUUUAUUUUACAAAAUAUAUAUUAUAUCAACAACCACCCUAUACAGUAAAAUCACAUAACACAAAUACUACAACAACCAAAGCAUCUUCCCCUCUCCCCACCACAAAGGUCGUAGUAGGACCAUAAAGAGGCAAUGCUUCUGUUGAACAAGUUUUGGGGCUCUAGAGUCAAUAGUGGCGACGCUACUGAAAUUGUUGCUGUUAAAAAUGAAUAUUGACAUUUUUGUUAAAAAGAAAUUCCUUAGAUAUAAGUAGAAAUAUAUUUUUCAAAACUAAAGGUUGCAAUAACCAUGCCUAUAUGGAAAACAUUUUGGGGCUCUAGAGUCAAUAAUGGCGCUCCUCUCAGUUGUGCACUUUGCAGACGGUCCCUAAGCUCACGGCUGAAAGCCUACAGCUCACAGAAGCCAAUGCAAUUCACCGUUCCCUAAAGACGGCUUGUUUGGAUGAAAACCAUGUUGUUGCUGAUUCUAUAGGUUACAACAUUACUAAAGGUGCUUAGCUAGAGGUGUCAAUUGUGUCGCAACGAUGUUUCACUGAUCUAUUGAACCGCAAACUCUGAAUCUGCCAAUUUAUUUCCAACUUUACGGAAGUUCCUCUCCGUUCAUAUGCUUUACUCACAGGUGUGUGAAUUGACCUGGAUAUGAAGCAUCCGUAGCACAAAAUAAUAUUUGUCUCUAAAGAGAAGACGGAGCUCUCCUCUCCUCUCCGUUUAUAUGCUUUACUCAGGUGUGUGAAUUGACCUUGAUAUGAAGCUUCCUUAGGGCAAAAUAAAAUAACAUUCGUUUUUUAAAGAGAUAAGACGGAGCUCUGCUCUCCUCUCCGUUUAUAUGCUUUACUCAAAAGUGUGUGAAUUUACCUGGAUAUGAAGCGCAUAUUUAACCAUUCAGAGGAAAUCAGGCCUACUGUAGGCCUAUGUAAAUAAGAUUAAAGAUGUCUAGGAUAGUAUAAAUGAUAACUUUAAAUGGCAGGUGUACUUUGCUUUUGAUGGAGCCAUUAUGUUAUAUUAAUAAAAAGCUUUUUAUUGAUGGGCACCUUUCAGGCCACUUAAGCACACCUUACAUGCAUAAUUAAUAAAAUAUUAAAAACACUUGGGUGGAGCGCGUGUUUGUCCCUUAUGUGAAAGAGCUGGAAAGAGCUGGAGUAACGAAUAAGAUGCAGCUGGCCAGGGCGCUGAGAGGUGAUGCAUGAUGGUGACACGGCAGACAAGUAGAGGAGCAUGAUGGACUGGGAUCUGAUGAGGAAACAAAGAUUUUCUAACUUAAGAUAAAAUAUACUCUGAAGUUUCCAGUUUCUGCAAACAGAAGAGAAGGGGUUUAGUUAAGGCUUUGUAUCAUCAAUAAGAUAGACUGUGACAAACAAUCAAUAACAAACAAAAAAUAAAACUAAGUCUUAGUUUAAAGCCCACUCACCACGUCAAGGUGCAGGCCAAGAGUGGGAACAUAGAACAAAGACUCACAUCACAAACUCAGACAGUCAAAACAUGCAAAAAACAUAUAAGAAACCUUUACAUAAAUACGAGACCAUAAGAUAUGUUUGGGUUUCUCUUGCUUUAUCUUAAAAACAAAAUACACAUAACAUUAAGAAAAUAAGGGAAGAAAAUAAAAGUAAUAAUAGAUAAAGCUAAACUCAGUGAUGGGCAUACAUUUAAAUGUACAAAAAUUACAGAGGUCACUGAUCGGAUGUGCUGUUCAAAAAUAAAUGCACUAUUAAACUAUGCCUUGUGCUCCGUUAUGCAAGCUCCAAGUCUACAAUUAAACAAUGUCUUUUUGCACUUUUGAGUGCUUUGUGCCAACUUGUGCUCAGUCAUGCAAGCUCCAAGUGUUACACUGCUUAAGAAACAGAUUCCUUCCAACUAACUAUUUACGA